AGUCCAUUCUGCAGACCUUGACCAGGCCUUUUACUGCUCUGAGAUGGAGGGCCAAUAUGUGUCUCUCAACAUCCCCCAAAAAAUAAAUUUAACCAUUUGUGGAGUGGAGGUGUUUGGUUCUCAAGUUGAGUCAGCUCCAGUCCCUCCACCAGCCCCCCGUUAUAAUUUUCCCAACGCGAGCGCACAGAUUGGGGGCCGCACGGUGUGGUUGUUGGGGGGCCGGUUGUGCUGGUCGGAUGCUCUGCUCUACUGCAGACGGCAUCACUGGGACCUCCUCAGCAUCCACAGCCAGGACGAGCAGAUGCAGGUGGAGCAGCUGAUCGCACACACCUCUCUCUCUCCUCUUUCUGACCAUGUGUGGCUGGGACUGCGCAGAGAAGUGAUGGGUAUGCGGUGGUUCUGGAUGUCAGGGGAAGCGGUGACUUUUGACAAUUGGAGGAUGCACCCCCCUGUGUUCCCAAACCCGUGUGGUGGCAUGGAGAGGGACACUAGCCUGUGGAGCCCGCUGCCCUGUGGGGAAAACAACAACUUUCUCUGCCAAUCAGCUCCAGCACAGAACACUACAAAAGUGUAUUACUACAGCAGCAAGGACCCGAUGCCAUAACCAGCACUGAC